AUGCCGCACGCGUCGAAGCACCUCAAGUCCCGACCACCCGACAACUGGCCGCUCCCUGCUGCUCCGGACGUUUCUGCGCCUCUCGGUUAUCCUCCGGUGGCUAUUUCGAGCAGAUUGGGAGCGGGCGAGGCGAGUCCGAGCUGGGGCGGGAACAGGAGUGGGACUUGGGACGGUUGGACUGGCGAGGAGGGGACGAGGAAGGGUGAGAAGGACAGGCUCGGUCGGACGGGCGGGCAGGAUGGACGUUACGGUGGAGUUGACAGGGAGACGUUGAAUGGUGCAGGAGGAGGCACAGCUCGCCCUCGCCCGACUCCGCCUCGCCCGCCGGAUCCCCUUCCUUCGCCUGCUCCCUCGCCCAAAAACGCUGCACCUCACCCGCCGCUUCAACCUCCCCAGCUCCCUGGCACCCGCGAAACUCGCCCGCUUCACGGCCCUUUCCUGCCACAAGACCUCUUCGCCGGGCAGAACAAGCCUCGCGUUCGCCUCGACCCCGACUGGCAAGGCUUCCCUGUCGAGAAGCUUUACCUCGGCGCACUCGACGAGCGCGAGUUCGCGUACUUUGCGGUUCAGCGAGACGCGCAGAUUCAGCAGGGGCUGCUUGAGAUUGGUUUGGGAGAUGGGAAGACGAGGAAGGGAGAGGUCAAUUUGUCGGGCUACGCGUUCGAGGGCUUCCCGGGCGUCAAGAUCUCCUUCAGUUCCGGCAGCCUGUCUCGAAUCUACUGCGCGCCAUACGAGGGCAAUCUUGGCGCAGACGACAACAUGAGCGACUUUGAGCGGAUCGCGCUCGUCCUCGAGACUCGCUGGACGCCAAAGUUCUUCGCCUACUACUCGAGCGGGGGCGCCGACAACAAGGUCACGGGCCAAGUUCGCGUCAAUGCUCUCGAAGCAACCCACUCGCGCCUCCUCCCUUACCUCUCGCGCCACUUUUUCCUCGUUCUCAAGCUUCCGCGCGACAAAGCGCUCGUCGGCGAACCCUCGACCCGCUUCUCGUUCCGCGACUUCCUCAAGACCUGCCAGGACGUCCACCUCCCCGCCGUCGUCCAGCUCGCCUCACUCCCACCCGUCAUCGAAGCCGAGAAGCGCUACUCCCGCAAAGCGCUCCGCCAACUCCGCCGCGCAUUGUCAACCAUCUCUCCCUCGAUCGCCUACCACAUCGAAGGCAUCGCUCGCGACCUCUCGAUGACGCCCUUGGAGCUCGAACGACUCGUCGAACUCCACAUCAAGCCCUGGGAAGCGACGUUUGAGCUCAAGGACGCAACUAUCGAGGAGAUCGUCAUCGAGCUUCGCACGAAGCUCCUCGAAGAUCGCAAGGCGCUCGCCGAGCUCCUCCAGCUCGGAAGGGUUUCGCCGAAGGAUUUGCAGGAUGUCGUCUUCGAUAUCGAGCAGCAGGCGGAGGAGGCGAGACAGGUCGUUCUGGAGCGGGCGGAGGUCGACUUGACGGGCGCAGCGGCGGCGGCGAAGAAGAAGAAGGGCACGCCUUCCGAGCACAUUUGGUGCCGCAGCAUCAUCUACACUCCGAGCGGGACGAUCCGAGUCGGUGGAAGGAUUCUCGAGAAGUCGAACGCCGUGCUCCGCAAGUACUACGGGCUUGUAGAUCACCAUCAAGAGUCGGACCACUUCCUCCGCGUCACCUUCCGAGACGAAGACGAAGCGAUGCUUCUUCCUUCGUCGGGCGCACCGCAGGACAAGCUGCUUCAAGGCUCGGUCGCCAAGUCCCUCAAGGAUGGCAUCUCGUUCGCCGGAAGGAAAUUCGAGUUUCUCGCCUACUCGCAAUCCGGCCUGCGCGACCGCAUGGUCUGGUUCGUCGCGCCGUGGCAAGACGAGGACAAGCACGGCAAGGCGAGGACAAUCAACGCGGACACGAUCAGGAAGCGCUUCGGCGUGUUCGACAAGAUCAGCCACCAGCCUGCCAAGCUGGGCGCGAGCCAAGGCUUCACAUCGUCGCACGCAACCGAGACCCUGCACUACAUCCAGAUCGGAGCUAUCCCCGACAUCGUCGAGAAGGACAAGAACGGCGUCGAGACCACCAACCACACCGACGGCGCAGGAACGAUGUCGCUUGAGGUGCGCGACCAGGUGUGGCAGGCGCUGCAGAUGAGUGGGUUCCGACGUGACGUGGACGGCGCUCCGCCGACAGUCGUCCAGUUCCGCCUCGGAGGGUCGAAGGGAGUUUUGGCGGUGGACAAUCGGCUGGAAGGUGCGCAAGUCAAGCUUCGGCCCUCGCAAGACAAGUUUCAAGGUCUGCCAGAUCUCGGCGACGAGGGCUUCUGCCUGAAUGUCUCGGACGCCUUCACACGACCUGGCCUGCUUCGCUUGAACCGUCCGCUCAUCAGCGCCCUCGACGACCUCGGCAUCUCCAUCGAGACCUUCGUUCGCUACCAGAAGCUGGCAGUCGACGCUCUCGCUCCUUCCGAACUUGAGACGCUCAAGGGCGCCUUGAGCGUCCUUCACCGCUUCGCAUUCGGUGGAGCGACUCGCUUCAAAAGUCUCGUCGGCUCCCUCGCAUCCCUGUCCGGUUUUGUAGACAGCAUUCUGCACGAGGAGCCGUUCCUCCGUGGCGCCCUCGAGGUCAUCCGCACCCGCAGCCUGCGCGACCUCAAGGAGCGCGCUCGCAUUCCGGUACCCGAUUCGUACGUCCUCGUCGGCGUUCCAGACGAGGAUCGCGCUCUCAAAUCGGAUCAAGUCUACGCCUGCCUCCGAUUCCCCGAGAAGCCCGACGAAGUCGUCUACCUCGAAGGUCGCAUCCUCGUCACCCGUUCGCCUUCCGUCGAUCCAGGCGACCUUCGCAUCCUCAAUGCCGUCGGCAAGCUGCCGGAGCACCUCGAGGGAACGUUGCGGAUGGCUGGUCUCGAGAACUGCAUCGUCCUGCCGACAGUCGGCGACCGAGCGCUCGCCUCGAUGAUGGGCGGAGGAGACCUCGACGGUGAUACGUACCAAGUCAUCACGCUUCCGGACCUGAUCCCUCUCCGCACCGCCGAGCCUCGAAUGCACAAAGGCCCGGCCCCCCUCGAGCUUGACCGACCCGCCACGAUCCACGAUGUCGCAGACUGCUUCCUCAACUACCUGACGAACGAUACGACCGGCAUCAUUGCCACGACGCACCUCAUCGUCGCCGACAAGAGCCCGAAGCAUGGCUUCGACCCCGUCUGCCAGAAGCUCGCCGACUUGCACAGUACAUCCGUCGAUGCGCCUAAGACCGGCAUCGUCGUGCCUCUCGACAGCAUCCCGAAGCUCAAGACGAAGGUCCGGCCGGACUUCCUCAGGAAGACGGACGAGCUCGAGCCGAAGGAAGGUCCUCAGUACUACGAUUCCCAGCGCGCCCUCGGCCAUCUCUACCGCAACAUUGAGGACACCGGCCUCACCAUGCCUACUUGCGUCGUCUCGCCUGCGCUUGGCGACGGCCGGUCCACCUCCUUCCGCGUGCUCGAGCUCCGAGUCGAACGCGAUAUCGCCAGCCUUUUCGAUGCCUCGCCGGACAUCCUGAGGAGCGUCGUCGACAGCCACCGGUCGACAGUCGCCGCAGUUCUCAACGCUUUCUACGCCGCGCUUCACGACCUCGCUAUCGUCCACAGCCUGCCUCGCACCGAUGGUCGAUCCCUAUCCGAGGUCGAGAUCUUCGCGACGGCGAGCCUGCAGGAGGUCCAGCGGGGAGAAGCGGCUCGCGGCAACGCGGUCUCAGCGAUGCACCGCCAGACAGCUCGCCUUGUUGACUGGCUCGAGGCGCAGCUGACGGGACCGCCUGUCGAGUCUCAGCACACGGACGUCGAGUCACUCAAGCUGCGUUACUCAGCCUGGCGAGUUGCAGUUGAGGACGGCGAUGAGUACGACUUCGGCGUGAAGACAGCUCGGUGGGUCUGCCUCGCGCUGGUCUUCGAGGCCAUGCAGAGCGAGGAGGAGCGACGCUUUGCGGCCAGUACCGGUGCGUCAUCCGCAGCGAGGGCGCGACCCGCCUCAUGCGCGCCACCGCUCGCCAGGAUCUCGGCCUCACCUCGCCAAACUCUUCCGCCAGGCCAACCCGACCGACGCCCCUCCGUCGGCUCGCUCGACAAGUCGUUCGGUAUCUCGUCAAGCUCGUCAAAGCCGCUCAUCCCCUAUUCAACCCGCCCGAGGCUGUCCGAAUCGACGCCGCCUACUUCUCCCGCCCAUUCCCUCGCUGCGCCUCUCCCGCCCUCCGCCUCGCCUGUGCCCGCAGACCCCUGGACUCGCGAGCUCGAUAACCGGAAGACGCCGGCGCAAGUCGUCGAGACGGCCGACAGCAGCGACAUGGACACCUCGAGCAGCGAGGACGACGACCAAGGUCUGCGGGAUAUCCUUGCGAGCAUUCCCCCCUUCCCUGCCUCUACUGGCGCCCCGCAGCGUGGGCCAGCGCACGACGACGACUCGGACUCGCUUGCUUCAUCGGCAGACUCGGACAAAUCUGUCGAGCUCGACGAGGAGGCCGCCGAACGGUUCCGCAGGCAGCUCGAGCAAGAGGAGAUUGAGCGCGACGAAGCGGAAGCGAGAGAGCUGCUCUACCAGCAGUUCAGGCGGAGGCAGUACCUCGAGGGGAAGUACCUCCCGUCUCAGGCGCGAGAUCCCGUCGCCUACCGCAAGCAUCGCGACGACUUUAUGGCGGAUGACCAGGGCCGCGCCGACUUCCAGGCCGCCGAGCAGCGCCGUCAACAACGCCCGCCUCCGCCCGCAUCAGCCGCAGGAGCGUCUGUCCGAUCGAAGUCGCAUGCGCCGUUAGAAGGUGUCGUCGACUACUUCGAGCAGCUUGCCCAGGAGCAAAGGCGUCGCGAGAUGCAGGAGAUCGAGUCGUCGAAAGCGGCGGGUCCACUGAGCUUGGUCGCGCCGUCGACGGAAGACUGGCCACCCCUUGAGAAGGCCAGCGCGCGUCCGACCAGGCGUCCUUCCACUCGCCCCCCUCCGGCAGCCAUGCGCCCUCCGUCACCCUCCGCUCCUUACUCGCCGCCGAUCCUCUCGCCUAGGCCCGAGGCUGAACGGAGCGGAGCGCCUCAACGCGGUGUCGACUACUUCUUCUCCGACCGCAUCUCGCCCUCGCCUCCCCGUCCCCCUCCCAAGCUCCCGGUCCAGUGGAAUGAUGCUGGGUGGUUCAACAAGAGUGUCGGACCUGCGACGAGCGCCGCUCCGUCAAGUCCGCCCCGAACACCCUCACCUCGCCCGCCGACGCCGCCGCCGCAACGAGCUUACGCUGCGAAGGGCAACGGACCGUUCUGGGCGCAUUUCACGGACUACGACAAGAAGCGGUACAAGUCGAACCAGACGGGACUCGCCAAGCUCGCUCGCUACUGCAUCACCGCCGACGGCGAGACCUUCGCCGACGCGUACGGCCUAGGUCGUCCGACGAGGAAGAGUCGAGGCGAACCUCGACCGAGCCAGAGCGGCGGCGGGAAGAGCUGGAUCCCGGAGACGCCUCAGCAGGCGGAGCAACAGGCCGAGGACGAGCCAGGAUGGGGGUGGGGUACGGCGACGGGCGGAGUGCAGGGAGGCGUCGUCUCUCACGACGAGAGUGCGUCGCAGCGAGCAGGAUGGGGCGGGUCGGGCGGAUGGACAGCCUCGUCGAGACCUGACGCUGCUCCAGAGCAGGCGUACCCGUCAUUGGCGCUGUCGCGGGCAUCAGCGCGGCACCUUCCAGCAUGGACCGAGUCGUCACCGUCACCUCGACUCUCCUUUUCGCCCUCCUCGCCUCGACUCUCCUUUUCGCCUUCUUCGCCUCGCCGACACGACAUGGACCACCCCGUCACGCCCAUCAUGGACAAUAUCCGAGCGAUCAGGGAGCAGCGAGACGCGGAGAAGAGGGCGCGGAGGAGGCGCUAG